AAAGAAAAAAGUAAUGGCGCUAUUCAUCUAUUGACUGGAAAAUGAAGACAUGUCAGGCGAUUUCGCAUAUCGUGUUAUAUCAGUUUAAAACCAGCUGCCACCUAAAGUGAAGUGAAGGCUUUGCACAGGUCGAGUAUUGUAGUGACACACGUAUCAGGCCAGUACAGAUGUCUCAGGAUUACCAUCCUCAGCAUAGCUCGAAUCAGACGAACGAUCACUUCCAGUCACUGGCAGAACGCUUGUAAAACUGAUGGCCAGCUCAUCUCAGGAUAAUUCAGAAUAUCUGUACACAGAAGACUUUUGUGCAAAAAAACCCCAUCUUAUGUGUGGGUUUGUUUCUAUCUUUCGUUUUCUGAGAAAUUACAGAGGCUACAUACAUCUUGAAUUCCAUGACACGAGGUUUCUUUUGUUGCAUGCAGCUUGGUGUGAACAAUAAAGAGAUACGAAGACUAGGUAUUGAACUGUGUGAAGAGGUCAUAUAGUUCCUGAAGACGAUUUCUCCAGUUUGUACAGACGAUAUUUGUGAACGUGUCAGGGACCCGUUUAAUUUACUCAGUAUGUCGCUGGACUCAGUCCACAGUCUGCGCUCAUUCCUCCUCAUUGUCAUCGCUCUGACCGUUUUCGUUUUGGGGAAUCUCGUCUGGUCGCUGGGUUACCUGUACACCCCUCUGGGCAUGGGUUUCGUGUACCAAACAAGUGUGCUUAAAACCGAAAGUGAGACCAGAACUAUUUUUAAUCGAGUUUUUUACCGUAACAAAACUGUUUCCUCCAGUCCAGGCAUGUUGCCAACAGUGCAAACAAACAGUGGACUGUCAGGUAAACCAUUCAACGAAACGACCACGACAGUUAAAUCAACCAGCAGACCUUCCACAACAGUUAAAUCAACCACAGUAAUAAGUCGUCAGGAUGUUUGCGAAAAUUGUUUUGAGCAUAAUUUUAAAUAUAUUAUCCAAAAUGAUGCCGUGUGCAAUCCACGGGAGGAAAAUUCGACAAUAGAUCUCAUCGUUCUGGUGUUCACAGUGCACGGCCACUUCAAAAAAAGGGAGGCAAUUAGAGAAACAUGGCUGGCUGUGUCCGGCGGAAAUAAGGGUACUAUUAGGCACGUGUUUUUGCUUGGUCAUACAAAUGACGAGAAUUUGAGUAAGAAGGUUGAAGAGGAAAAUGAUGUGCAUCACGAUAUAAUUAAAGAAUCCUUUGUGGAUUCCUACCAGAACUUAACCUACAAGACGAUCAUGGGAUUCAAGUGGGUGACGAACUUCUGCUCUAAAGCCAGAUUCGUCAUGAAGACAGACGAUGACAUGUACGUCAACCUCCCACACCUAGUUCCGGUCCUUGUCAAGGAGGAGACAACUCUUCAAAGUUCUGUUUCCGGUACGUGUGCCAUCGUAGCUGAACCAAUCAGAGACGCCAGAUCGAAAUGGUUCGCGUCCGUUCGCAGUUACCCUCACAAACAUUACCCGGGUUUCUGCUCAGGAACGGGUUACGUCACAAGCAGCUUUGUGGCGGGAAAAAUUUAUGAAAUUUCGAAGAUGGUUCCUUUCUUUCAUCUCGAGGAUGUGUAUGUGGCGCUGUGUGUGAAAAAACUCGGGUUUAAAUUACGACGACUGCCCGGUUUUCAUAACACCAGAGUUAUGCUCGAUCCCUGUAUCAUGAAAACAAAUCGAAUUCUAACCAGUCAUGAGAUUCCGAUGGAAUUUCUUUAUAAAAUUCGGGAUGCAAAAUGUACAUAAAUAUAUUUAUUUUUUACUUAAAUAAUUUUCAAAAACAAACCAUGCAAAAUGUACAUAAAUGAAUUUAUUUAAUUAUUUAAUGUGCA